AACUUUGCUCUGAGGACAGUUGGUUUGUGCUCAUGGAGAUGGAGAGCUGUCUGUUCAUCCUCAUGCUCUCAUCCCUGCUCAUGUCCACCACAGCCGACAGUGAUGUGAGGCUGGUGAAUGGAAACAGUCCUUGUGAGGGAAGAGUGGAGGUUUUUCAUCAAGGACAGUGGGGAACUGUGUGUGAUGAUUACUGGGAUAUGAAGGAUGCGGCGGUGGUGUGUAGACAGAUGUUCUGUGGAGACGCUGUAGCAGCACUGGGAAACGGUCACUUUGGAGAAGGAGAAGGGCAGAUCUGGAUGGAUCUGGGAUGUAGUGGGUCAGCAUCUACACUGAAGGAGUGUGGACAACCAAGGGUUACUUCUGGCUGCAAACAUUAUGAAGACGCUGGAGUCAUCUGCUCAGACUCAUGGUACACAGUGUGUGACCCCGACUUUGACCUCCAGGACGCAAAGGUUGUGUGUCGACAGCUGGGCUGUGGGACACCUGUACAGGUGCAGGGAGCAGCAGUUUUUGGUAAAGGGGAUGGCAAGUAUAAACAGUAA